GAACCUGUUCAGCUGCAAGCAAAGUUAAAAUGAAACCUUGGUAGAAAAAAAAAACAGGUUUAAGCUCCGCCUCUCACCUAACACACCUGAAACAGCCUGGAACCAGUUUUCAUUCCUGUCAUAGAGACAAACCAGCAGCUUCAUCUGAGUCCAGGAGAAAAAAGAGGAAACCUCCAACCCUGAAGCUUCACUCAGAGACUAAAUGGCUUCCAGGUUAGAGGAGGAUCUCUGCUGUCCGGUCUGUCAGGAUGUCUUUAAGGAUCCGGUUGUUCUGUCAUGUAGCCACAGCUUCUGUAAGGAGUGUCUGAAGAACUGGUGGAGAGAGAAACCAGCACAAGAGUGUCCAGUUUGUAAGAGGAGAUCUUCUAAGGAGGAACCACCUUUAAACCUGGUUCUGAAGAACCUGUGUGAGACCUUCCUACAGCAAAGAGACCAGAGAGCUUCAGAGGAUCUCUGCAGUCUGCACUCUGAGAAACUCAAACUCUUCUGUCUGGACCAUCAGCAGCCAGUGUGUCUCGUCUGCAGAGAUUCAGGGAAACACACCAAGCACAGAUUCAGACCCAUCGAUGAAGCUGCUGAAGAUCACAAGAAGAACCUUCAGGAAACUCUGGAACCUUUAAAGAAGAACCUGGAGCUCAGGAAGAAAGUUCUAGAGGAGUUUGAUCAGACAGCAGAACACAUGAAGGUCCAGGCCCGACACACAGAGAGGCGGAUUAAGGAGCAGUUUAAGAAGCUUCAUCAGUUUCUAGCAGAGGAAGAGGAGGCCAGGCUGGCUGCACUGAGGGAGGAAGAGGAGCAGAAGAGUGGGAUGAUGAAGGAGAAGAUGGAGGCUCUGAGCAGAGAGAUGGCAGCUCUUUCAGACACAGUCAGAGCCACAGAGGAGGAGCUAAGAGCUGAAGACGUCUCAUUCCUGCUCAACUACAAGGCUGCAGUGGAAAGAGUCCAGCGCUGCCCCCUGCUGGAUGAUCCACAGCUGCCCUCAGGAGCUCUGAUAGACCAGGCCAAACAUCUGGGCAACCUGGCCUUCAACAUCUGGAGCAACAUGGAGAACAUGGUCUCCUACACUCCUCUCAUCCUGGACCCAAACACUGCUUAUUCAGAACUCAUCCUGUCUGAAGAUCUGACCAAUUUGACUAAAGGAGAGAAACAGCAGCUUCCUGAUAAUCCAGAGAGGUUUGGGUUUGAGUGGUCUGUCCUGAGUUCUAAGGGCUUCAACUCAGGGAACCACAGCUGGGAUGUUGAUGUUGGAGACAGAAAAGGCUGGGAGGUUGGCGUGAUAGCAGAGUCUGUCCAGAAGAAGAGAAGAAUAGAGUCUGGAUUGUUGGUUCUACAGUUCUAUGGAGGUAAAUACUACGCACGGUCUCCUCCAUCUCCUCGCAUGGUUCUCUCAGUCCAGAAGAAGCUCCAGAGGAUCAGAGUGAAUCUGGACUGGGACAGAGGAAAGCUGUCCUUCUCUGAUCUGGACACUAACUCACACAUACACACCUUCACACACACCUUCACUGACAAGAUGUUUCCUUACUUCAGCAUUGCGGGUACAGUAAAAAUCCUACCGAUGAAGAUCUCAGUGAGCAAACAGCAGCUCUGAUGUUCUCAGCAUGAAGAACACAAAGUCUAGAUGAAACCUUGAUGAUCUGAUUGAAACUCAGUGAUUUUAAACAUGAUCUUGGAGCUUUUUAUUCUGAAUUACUUUGAA